CUAGGACCUGGGGCGCGGGCGGGCAAGCGGACGGCUGUCUCACUCCCUCACAGAAGUCAAGUCGUGAGCGGGAAGUCUAUGUGGACGGGUCCUCCGCGGGUGAGGUCGAGCUGAAAACACCUGUGUGGCUCAGGUGGAGGAAGUUCCCGGAGCCGUGAGCAGUUUUCUCCAGUCAUGUGUUCCAGUCGGGGUCUGUGCAACAGUGGCGACCGUGCCAACAGGCCCUCCGGCUCAGGGGGCAGCAGUUCUGGGGCCCACUACGCCCUGUGCGCCCUGGGAGUGGGCCUCAUCGCGUUAGGUAUCAUCAUGAUCGUGUGGACUGUGAUUCCCACAGAUGGGGAAACCGCCAAACCCCCGGCGGCUCCAGGAAACGCCACCGCAGACGGACACGACAAUGAAGACGGCGACGCCGAGGACCACAAGAGCUCCUCGUCGGUGGCGAUGGUGCUAGUCGGGGUUGGAGCAGCUAUGCUGCUGUUGUCCCUUUGUUUGGGCGUGAGGAGCAAGAGAAGAGCUCGCAGUCGACGGAACCAACCGGUGGCAACGACGGGAACAGAGGCCGCGUUUUUGGACCAUGUACCUGGCGAGCAGAGACAACCAGCUGUGGAUCCAACGUCCUACAACGUGCCGAGCUAUGAGGAGGUGGUCGGCAGCAGCGACUACCCCGUCCGUCAGAGCAACCUCCGCAGCAGUAUCUCCCAACUCCCCUCGUACGAAGACAUCCUGGCCGCCGUGGAGGCAGAAGGAGCAGAUCCCGCCAGCAACCCGACAGAGGCAACUCCUCUCAAUGAAGCCGCAUCGAUUCCAGAAGACACCCCUACGCCCGACCCUCCAACGGACUCGCCGAGCCUCAACUCGCAGAACAGCCUGCCCUCCCGCAGCAGCAGCGGCAGCAGAGCCAGCCGCUUCCUGCGGCCACUCCGGGUCAGAAGGAUCAAGUCGGACAAACUCCACCUGAAGGACUUCCGUAUUCAAAUCCGCAACCCCACUCAGAACCCGGUGACCAUCGAGCCCAUCACACCGCCGCCACAGUACGACAACAAGAUGCCUGAACUAGUCUAGAACCUCAACUUUCGGCAAGAUUUUGGGUUUAAUGCACCAAAACAUGUUUGGUUUUUGUAUUUUCAGGUUGGUGUUUAGUUACUGCACUGUUGUUGGGAGCAGACACACUCAGGGGUGAAACGUGUGUGUGGCUUAUUUAUUUUUACUCUGCAGGGUCUGCAUGAGAGGAUCUGCUGUUUUAAAGAUCAUAAAAUAAUAAUUGUUUGACUUCGCACCUGAUGAAAAUCAUUUACUUCAGGCUAAUAACUCUUUGUGAUCAUUUUAACUUUUCAUCUGUCGAUCCAUGUCAGGCAGUAAACGGGAAGCUGUUUCAGUUUUAUUGUUUUUAAGUCGGUGCCAGAAAGCAUCCUGCUUUGAAUUACACAAACUGCCCAUGUGCUACAAUGUGGGAAACUGACUAAGGCCAAUGUCGAUCACAUCAUAAGUUCAGAUAUACACAUAAAUCGCAUUAGAUAACUGCAUUAGCAUUUGCUGUUCAUUUUUUGGUUUUGUACAGCGGGUUUUUCAUAUGAUAUACUUUAAUGUUCUCUUGAAAAUGUCAUCUUCAGGGUCAUCAGAACUACUGUCUUUAAAAUAACCUGUCAAAUGUGGCAAACGUUUAUAUAAACACUGUUUUAAAUCUUUGGUUAUAAAAAGUGGUGAAUAAAUGCUUUUCAUUUUUGCUUCUCUUCCGUUCUCAUCCAGACUGAGUGUGAAUAGCGUUAUUCGUGCAAAGAUAUUGGCUUUGUUGAUUCGUUUUAUGCAGUGCUUUUCAGAAGAACAUGUUCUAAAAAUAUGGUACUAAAAGGACGGCAUGUGUUCGGCGCCAUGUCUUCUGUUGCCAGCGGUUUGGCGCCCACCAGUGGUUAAGCAUAGAAGACGUUCAGACGGCAUUUCCACCCAUCAUUUACUUAUUGAAAGUAUUUCAAGCAUAAUAAUCUUUUAGAUGAACUAUUGUAGGAUGUGCUCCUCGCUUCAGCCAUAUUCAUCUCUGUGUACGAAUUGAAUUGAAGCGCAACCACUGACCAAGCUAGCUGCUAGCGUGUUGGUCCAAGCUGCUGUUCUUCGCGGUUUUCUUGACACCUGUCUUUUCAUAUCACCUUAAUCCCAGCGAAUAACCUUGCCAACAGUCACAAGUAUGAAAUGGAGUCCUGGGCUCAACUAACGCUUCCUGAUUCUUCACCCUUUCAAUUGGUGAUGUUGCGUUUCUGGUAGCUGCAUAUGCGCUAUUAAAUGAUUAACAUUUUAACACCGCCACCGGUUUAUUUAGUUGUAGUUGUUUAUGAUUUGGUUCGUUUAUGUUUGUCAUGCACCUUAAGUGUGAAGUUAAAUCGGUGAUUUGGUUUGUGAAAAAUAAUAAUCAAGUAAUCAUUUGUUUUUGCGUCUGUUUUGAGUGAAAUGGUGCGGCUUAAUUUUUUAAAAAAUUUAAAUCUAUAUUUUAUUAUACUUAUAAUUCAUGAUCACUGUGUCGUCUGUAAAGCUAAAUCAUUUGGCUUAAUAUUUUAUCUUACGUCAUCUAACAAUUUUAUUUAUAUAC